AUGUCUCUAACUGUCGUUGGCAGCAACGACAGGUUAAACUCACUCUGUCAGCUGUUACAGGGCAAGGAACAUGUGCUUAGGAUUGGAGCAGCUGGGGCAGCUACAGGAGCCUCAGCUCUAGUUAUUCAGCAUCAGAAUUACCAAAGUUUGCAGGCAGCCAUAGAUGCUGAUAUUAAAGAAAUAGAAAAUUCAAUUACUAAGUUACAAGAGUCCCUCAUCUCUCUUUCUGAGGUGGUCCUGCAAAAUAGAAGGGGGCUAGACCUCUUGUUCCUUCAGCAGGGGGAACUCUGUGCUGCACUAAAAGAAGAAUGUUGGGGUCUUACUGAAGUAUCACAAAGUUUAAAAAUGGAAAAUGAAGAGUUUAAGAAGAGAUACAGUGAUGCUACAUCCAAAGCUCUUCAGCUUGAGGAAGAUAUUGUGUCAGUGACACAUAAAGCAAUUGAGAAAGAAACUGAACUAGACAGUUUAAAAGACAAACUCAGAAAGGCACAGCAUGAAAAAGAACAACUUGAAUGUCAGUUGAAGACGGAAAAGGAUGAGAAGGAACUUUAUAAGGUACAUUUGAAGAAUACAGAAAUAGAAAAUACCAAGCUUGUGUCAGAGGUCCAGACUUUAAAGAAUUUAGAUGGGAACAAAGAAAGUAUGAUUAGUCAUUUCAAAGAAGAGAUUGGCAGACUGCAGUGCUGUUUGGCUGAAAAGGAAAAUCUGCAAAGGGCUUUCCUACUUACCACUUCAAGUAAAGAAGAUACAUUUUUUUUAAAGGAGCAACUACGUAAAGCAGAGGAACAGGUCCAGGCAACUCGGCAAGAAGUUGUCUUUUUGGCUAAAGAACUUAGUGAUGCUGUAAAUGUGCGAGAUAAAAUGAUGGCAGAUCUAUAUACCGCACGCUUGGAAAAUGAGAAAGUAAAAAAGCAGUUAGCUGAUACAGUGGCAGAACUUAAACUAAAUGCUGUGAAAAAAGAUCAGGAAAAGAGUGAUACACUGGAACAUGAAUUGAGAAGAGAAGUUGAAGAUCUGAAACUCCGUCUUCAGAUGGCUGCAGAUCAUUAUAAAGAAAAAUUUAAGGAAUGCCAGAGGCUCCAAAAGCAAAUAAACAAACUUUUAGACCAAUCAGCCAAUAAUAAUAGUGUCUUCACAAAAAAAAUUGGAAAUCAGCAGAAAGUGAAUGAUGCUUCAAUAAACACAGACCCAGCCACUUCUGCCUCUACUAUAGAUGUAAAGCCACCAUCUUCUGCAGCAGAGACAGAUUUUGACAUGGUAACAAAGGGACAAGUCUGUGAAAUGACCAAAGAAAUUGCUGACAAAACAGAAAAGUAUAAUAAAUGUAAACAGCUCUUGCAGGAUGAGAAAAUAAAAUGCAGUAAAUAUGCUGAUGAACUUGCAAAAAUGGAGCUUAAGUGGAAAGAACAAGUGAAAAUUGCUGAAAAUGUAAAACUUGAACUCGCUGAAGUAGAGGACAGUUAUAAAGAACUUAAAAGGAGUAUACAAAAUUCAACAGAAAGGAGAAUGGAAGGUCAGAAUUCCCAGAGUUCUCAGCAGGUCUCACAAGGUCUCAACACAUGCUCAGAGCAAAAUGGUCAUGUUCCUGCACUGCCAGAUGCACAACCACUUCUGCAGUAUGGUAAUCCUUAUGCAGCACAGGAAACAAGAGAUGGAGCAGAUGGUGCUUUUUACCCAGAUGAAAUCCAAAGGCCACCUGUGAGAGUCCCCUCUUGGGGACUGGAAGACAAUGUUGUCUGCAGCCAGCCUGCUCGAAACCUUAGUCGACCUGAUGGUUUAGAAGACCCCGAGGAUAGCAAAGAAGAUGAGAAUGUGCCCACUGCUCCUGAUCCUCCAAGUCAGCAUUUACAUGGGCAUGGAACAGGCUUUUGCUUUGAUUCCAGCUUUGAUGUUCACAAGAAGUGUCCCCUCUGUGAAUUAAUGUUCCCUCCUAACUAUGAUCAGAGCAAAUUUGAAGAGCAUGUUGAAAGUCACUGGAAGGUGUGCCCGAUGUGCAGUGAGCAGUUCCCUCCUGACUAUGACCAGCAGGGGUUUGAGAGGCAUGUUCAGACCCAUUUUGAUCAGAAUGUUCUAAAUUUUGACUAGUUACUUUUUAUUAUGAGCUAAUGCAGUUUAGCAGUUAAAAACAAGUCACCUGAAAUAGACCACUGAGGAGGCCACCAGAUGUCACUUUCAUGCACCCUCUCCUGUACUUUUCUGACCAAGAGUUUCUUUGAGUUUGGUGUUACUAGGGUCAGGGUCAAUCUUUGGCUUAUCAAUAAAUAUAAUUUUAACCUCUCUCAAUCCUACCUGCUUUAAGAAAAGAAGUUCUUGUGUGUUUAUAUCUUUAUUUAUUCCCUAGUUUGCAAAAUUAUAUGAAUAAAGGAUACAGGGAUUAUUUUAAUGUUACUGCACUGAAAAAAUAUGUAUAGCGUGCUAGAUUUAGCAGAAUAUUUACAAGUUUCUGUGACCUUGUUGAUUGAGCAUGACUACUAAAUAUUACGUAAUAAAAAGCAUUAUAACAAUCUCGGGAAGUAAUUCUUCGAAUACAGAAAGUUCCACAAUUUAGUCCAUAAUUUAGUUUUUAAAUCUUCUUUAGAAAUGGAGCUGCAUUGUAGAAUGAGAUCACAUGCUUGCAGAUAUCCUUUUUAUAUGUGAAAUGUUGGCUUUAGGAAUUAAUAGAUGGCAUAUUUUGCUAAUUUUAUGACAAAAUUUUUUAGAAUAACCUGAAUGAUUAUUUUAAAACCAUCUUGAAACUGUACUUAUACCUAAUGGGAAAGUGGAACAAGCUAUGUCAGUAUAAUUGUUAUGAUCUCAUGACAGUGGUGUUUGUGGCAUAAGACACAGAAUACGUAUCAGUAUCAUUUUCACAUUUUCCUGAUGAGAAUAUAAAUUUGAAAAAAUUCUCAAUAAGUGUAUGUAAAAAAUGUAAGUGCAUUAACCCAAAUCAAUCAGUGUGUUUCUUUAGUUAUGUCUCUGCUGUAUAGAACUCUCAUUAACAUUAAAGAGGACGCAUUUUUGGAGGUCUAA